AUGCGGACUGUGACAUUCCUCGCCCUCGUGUUCACUCUUUGCACCAGUGUCGCGGCAGUCUUCGAAUGUCGCUGCUUCCCGGGCGACACGUGCUGGCCCCCAUGGCAGCAGUGGAAAGAUUUCAAUGCUUCAAUUGGCGGCAGAUUGAUCUCAACUGUUUCUCUCGGAAGCGUGUGCCAUACUGCGGGUGAAUUCUCAGCUUACAAUCAGGAGGCAUGCGCCAAUUUGAUCGCCGACUGGGGCUUUCCUGCAACUCACUACAGAACUUGUACGUCACCAAUGGCGUUGUGGUUUGCAAAUUCGUCCUGCAAUCCAUUCUUGCCGCGAGAGAUUCCUUGCCUUAAUACUGCGCUACAGCGGUACACUGUCAACGUCAGCGGGGUCAACGAUGUACAGAAGACCGUUCAAUUUGCUCAGAAGCAUAAGAUCCGCUUGGUCAUUCGGAACACCGGUCAUGACUACCUUGGAAAAUCAACUGCACCAGGAGGAUUGGCGUUAUGGAUGCAUAAUCUCAAGAAUACCGAGUAUCUGCAGUACCGCUCAUCUUCUUACGUGGGCCCUGCACUGCGACUGGGUGCUGGUGUACAAGGCUUUGAGGCGAUGGCUGCAGCCCACGCGCAGAACAAAGUCAUUUUGACCGGUAAUUGCGACAGUGUGGGUGUUGUUGGAGGCUACAGUCAAGGUGGUGGUCACGGUCAAUUGGCGUCGUGGGUCGGUCUCGCCGCUGAUCAAGUACUGGAAUGGGAGGUAGUGACUGCCGCUGGAGAGCAUCUUACGGUCACGCCCGAAGUAUACUCUGAUCUCUUUUGGGCUCUCUCUGGUGGUGGUGGGGGUACCUUUGCUAUCGUGAUGAGCGCCACCGUGAAGGCUUAUCCCGAAGUCAGUACUGCGUCAGCCAAUCUGACCUUCAGCGGGGAAAAUGUGGCACCGGAGGUGUUUUGGGACAUUAUUCGCAACUUCGUCGUCAAUAUCACCGCUCUUACCGACACCGGAGCUGUGGCAAUCUGGGCAGUGAUUGGAGACCACUUCAGUCUCACUCCUAUCACUUGGCCUGGUGGCAGUGUAGAUCAUCUACAGGCAGGCCUUGCAUCUACGUUGAAAAUGCUGCAGGAAAACAACUUGACUUAUGGUACGUGUCUCGCUACUCUGAAGGCACCUGGCUCCCAGGAUUCCCUAACUGAGAGAGCAGCCUAUCACAUCCAGCAGUUUCCUUCAUUCUGGGAUUGCUAUAUGGCUAUGAACCCACACAGUAAUAUCACCGAGGCUCAGAUUGGAGGCCGUCUCAUGCCUCGAGACGUCAUUGAGUACGACACUGAUGGCCUCUUCAUGACUUUGAGAGACAUCGCAGAUAUGGGUGUAGUGGUCUCGGGCGUGUCUCUCAACGUCUCCCGUAAUUCAGUGCCCGAGAAUGCCGUCAAUCCUGCCUGGCGGGAUGCUGCCAUAUCUGUUGUUCUUGGAACAGGCUAUAACUACACGAACCGCGAGGCAAAUGUCGAGUCCCAGUCAUUGAUGACGGACGUCCUUAUCCCUCUUCUUACAGACCUUAGUCCCGAUAGCGGAGCAUAUCUCAACGAAGCUGACUGGAACCAGCCAGACUGGCAAUCGACUUUUUAUGGGGACAACUACCCCCUUUUGCAUCAAAUUAAGCAGGAGUUUGAUCCAGAUGGAGUUUUCUAUGCUAGAACAGCAGUUGGAAGUGAAGCAUGGAUUGAGUUGGAAGAUGGGCAUCUCUGUCAAUUUCCAGAUCCAUGGAGAGAUUGA